CAAUGUGCAGCUAAUUCAUAAGAAGAUCAAAGACUGCAAAGGAAGGCAUACAACAGCAAGACAGCAACUUGGAAAUCUAUGGCAAGAUGCAAGCAGUGUUCAUAGAAAUGGACAAAAGCCCCGCUGUCCAUGAAGCUUGGGAGGCGGCAUCAGAAAGUGGUAGAGCAGAUGUUGAGUUGAUUCUUGGCACGGCAAUUAAUCAACUUACAAAGAAUUUGGCAUGUAAAUGGGCAAAAGACAAUAUAAGGACAAAUUGUGUGACACCUUGGUAUAUCAAAACCUUGACAUGUGAAUGGGCAAAAGACAAUAUAAGGUAAUGGUUGUUAGGAUUGUCUUUAUAAUUUUUUUCAGGGGAAGCUACCAGGAGGAUAAGAAAUAGCUGUGAAAUGACUUUCUAGGAGUUCCAGACAAAG